GGUGAUGGUCAGUUUGGUUUUGAUUUGGAGAGGUAACAAUGGGAGAGACGGUGAGUAACAAACAGGUGAUUUUAAAGGAUUCCGUCACCGGAAUUGCAAAGGAAUCGGAUUUUGAAGUGACGACUUCCACCAUUUGCUUGAAGCUUCCAGAAUCUUCUGGGAAAGGAGUUUUGGUGAAGAAUCUCUGCUUAUCUUGUGAUCCGUACAUGCGAAUUCUCAUGACCAAAACCGAUCUUUACUUCCCCAUUGAUUUUUACACUCCAGCUUCGGUGAUAUUUGGGUAUGGAGUAGCAAAGGUAUUGGAAUCAGGUGAUCCAAAUUUGAAAGAAGGUGAUUUGGUUUGGGGAGUAACUGGUUGGGAAGAAUAUAGUGUAAUUGAAGACCCACAAAAGCUCUUCAAAAUUCACCAUUCUGAUGUCCCACUUUCAUAUUACACUGGAAUUCUUGGUAUGGCAGGUAUGACUGCAUAUUUUGGAUUCUAUGAUGUGUGUUGUCCCAAAAAAGGAGAAUAUGUGUUUAUUUCAGCUGCUUCGGGUGCUGUUGGUCAGCUUGUUGGCCAAUUUGCUAAGUUAUUAGGUUGCUAUGUUGUUGGUGCUGCUGGUACUCAACAAAAGAUUGAUCUCCUAAAAAACAAGUUGGGAUUUGAUGAGGCUUUCAACUACAAGCAAGAAUCUGAUUUGAAUGCUGCAUUGAAAAGAUACUUCCCAAAAGGCAUUGAUAUAUACUUUGAAAAUGUUGGAGGGAAAAUGCUGGAUGCAGUUCUGGGGAACAUGAGAGCCCAUGGAAGAAUUGCAGCUUGUGGAAUGAUAUCACAGUACAAUCUUGAGAAGCCAGAGGGAGUACACAACUUACUAAACAUUAUUUUGCAGCGACUUCGUGUCCAAGGCUUUGAGGUUUUUGAUUACUACCAUCGCUAUUCUGAGUUUUUGGACGCUGUUUUGCCUCUCAUUCGAGCCCAAAGGCUUACUUAUGUCGAGGACAUAGCUGACGGCCUCGAUGCUGGCCCUGCCGCUCUCGUCGGCCUCUUCUCUGGCCGCAAUGUCGGGAAGCAAGUCGUUGCUGUGGCGGCUGAAUCAUGAAUAUAAUUUGAGUUCAGAAACUUCUUCAUUGCAAAACAUUUUGCUUUCAUGUUUGGUGUGUAUUGUCAUUGUAAACCCUUGCAUGCAAAUCCAUGUCAACCUCUUUAGAGGAGCUAAAAUUUGUUGAUUAAUGAGUUAUGCAAGGUAGAAAAUAACAAGUUUUUUAAGUGGUUUUUUAUUGGGUUUUUUGAAAAUUUAAAGGCCCAAUGGUAUUAUUGUAAUUAUUGAGCAAUGGCAAACUUAUAAUUAUCCCUAUCUUCUCCAAAAUUAGGGCAUUUUCGUUUUAUCUUAUUAGCUGAAGAGAAAAUUGAGAGAAGCAGCCGACUUGGACUUGAAGAUAGAUCUGUAGCCAUCUGAAAGGGAGAGUCGAAAGCCGUCUGAAGCAAUCCGUCCACCGUUGUCUAUGGGUGACGAGUUCUGACGUGAGCGAGCGUCCGCGGCGGUGGCGUGGGUGUCCGGCAAGAUUGUGGGUGUCGGCUUCGUGGAAGUGCAGCUGCCGGUCGAAGAGCCGCUUGGCUGGACGGUGGGAGCAGCAGUCUAUUAGAUCCGGUUUAGCGCGUGGGUUUGCUUGCAGAUCUAGUUUUGGUGGUCCGCCGGUCAGAGGCGGGUAGCACACUAUUUUGGGCUGUUUAGCAGUGGGUUGUUCUCAGUUUUCAGAGGUGACGUUGUGUGUGGGUCUCUCUCGGUAUCAGUUGAUAUUGAAAUUACAAAUUGGUGAUUUCGUUGAUUUUCUGUAAUUUGUAAAUUCCUUUAAUGUUCAUUAAUAAAUUAAUUCAA